AUGAAGGCGGCGCGGCUGCUGCUCCUCCUCAGCGGCUGCGCGCUGCUCCUGUUGGCGCCGGAGGUGCGCGGCUGCGGGCCGGGCCGUGUAGUGGGCAGCCGCCGCCGCCAGCCCAGGAAGCUCAUCCCUCUCGCCUACAAGCAGUUCAGCCCCAACGUGCCCGAGAAGACGCUGGGCGCCAGCGGCAGGUACGAGGGCAAGAUCGCCCGCAACUCGGAGCGCUUCAAGGAGCUGACGCCCAACUACAACCCGGACAUCAUCUUCAAAGACGAGGAGAACACCGGCGCCGACCGCCUCAUGACCCAGCGCUGCAAAGACCGCCUAAACUCCCUAGCCAUUUCAGUGAUGAACCAGUGGCCAGGGGUGAAGCUCCGGGUGACAGAAGGCUGGGAUGAAGAUGGACACCACUCAGAGGAGUCCCUGCACUAUGAAGGCCGUGCUGUUGACAUCACCACCUCUGACCGGGACCGCAACAAGUAUGGGAUGCUCGCACGCCUGGCUGUGGAGGCUGGUUUUGACUGGGUUUACUAUGAAUCCAAGGCUCACAUUCACUGCUCUGUUAAAUCAGAGCAUUCAGCAGCAGCAAAGACGGGAGGCUGUUUCCCAGCCCGGGCCCUGGCAACUCUAGAGAGUGGGACCAAGAUUCCAUUGUGGGCACUGAAGCCCGGGCAGCGGGUCCAAGCCAUGGAUGCACAAGGCCACCUCGUGUACAGUGAGUUCCUGGCAUUUCUGGAUAAGGCACUGUCAUCAAGGACCGCUUUCCACGUCAUUGAGACACAGGACCCACCCCGCCGCUUGGCUCUCACAGCAGCACAUCUCCUUUUUGUCGGGGAGAACGCAACCGCACCCAUGAAGACUAUUUUUGCCAGCCUGGUCCAGCCAGGUCAAUACGUGCUGGUAACUGAGGGGGGACAGCUGCAGCCGGCCAGGGUAGCAGCUGUCUCCUUGCAGGUGGACAUUGGUGCCUAUGCGCCCCUCACCAGUCAUGGGACUCUGGUGGUGGAUGAAGUGGUAGCCUCUUGUUUUGCUUUGGUGCGGGACCAUCAUUUGGCUCAGUGGGCUUUCUGGCCCUUGCGACUGUAUCUCCACUGGGCAGGGCGUGACUGGACCCAGCCAGAAGGUCUGCACUGGUACUCUGUCCUGCUUUACCGUCUGGGCCAAAUGUUCCUAGCUUCAGAUAGCUUCCACCAGUUGGCCACAGUGCAGUUUGAGAGCUGA